AUGAUCUAUCAAUACAUACCUAAUUAUCUCAGUGAAUCUAUCUAUUAUCUAUCUAUCUAUCUAGUUGUUCAUAUCUGUAUCUAUAAUUCAUUAUAUCUUCUAUCUAAAUCUAUAAACAUAUCUAUCUAUAAAUAUAUUUAUACAUCAUUCAUCUAUCUAUCUAUCUAUCUAUCUCUAUUAUGUAUUAUGCCUAAAUCUCAAUCUAUUUAUCUAUUUAUCUAUCUAUCUAUCUAUCUAUCUAUCUAUCUAUCUAUCUAUCUAUCAUUUCAUCUAUCUGUCUACAUUCAUAUCUAUCGCAGUCUAUUCAUAUUCAUCUAUCUAUCUAAUUAUCUAUCUAUCUGUCACAAUACAUACCUAGUGUAUUCCUAUCUAUCUAUCUAUCUAUCUAUCUAUCUAUCUAUCUAUCUAUCUAUCUAUCUAUCAAUUUCACUGUGUUCAUAUCUGUCUACAUUCAUAUCUAUCGCAGUCUAUUCAUAUCUAUCUAUCUAUCUAUCUAUCUAUCUAUCUAUCUAUCUAUCUAUCACAAUACAUCUAAUUAUCUCAUCAUCAUCUAUUCAUAUCUAUCUAUCUAUCUAUCUAUCUAUCUAUCUAUCUAUCUAUCACAAUACAUACCUAAUUAUCUCAGUGUAUUCCUAUCUAUCUAUCUAUCUAUCUAUCUAUCAAUUUCACUGUGUUCAUAUCUGUCUACAUUCAUAUCUAUCGCAGUCUAUUCAUAUCUAUCUAUCUAUCUAUCUAUCUAUCUAUCUAUCUAUCUAUCUAUCUAUUCUAGUCUGUUCAUAUCUAUCUAUCUAUCUAUCUAUCUAUCUAUCUAUCUAUCUAUCUAUCUAUCUGUCUUCUGCUUAUAUCUAUCUAUAUGAAUAUCUAUCUAUCUGUUAA